UCAAGAGAUAGCGCCACCCGUUACGGUUUGCGAUGACGUCAAUGUUGUCUCGUCAUUUCUGGAACAUUCGAUGGCGAUGUUAUAUAUUUGAUUGCGAGCGGUUCCGCCCGAGUUUAUAUUACGAAUUUUAAGAGGAAAGGACGUACAUUUAAUAGUCGAAAUCGAAUUAAUUAAGCAAAGAAGACAACGCAACUGGUGAUAUUGCAGAAUGGGGAAAGAUUAUUAUAAGAUUCUUGGCUUGAGUAAAAAUGCCAGUGAGGAAGACAUAAAGAAGGCCUAUAAGAAGCUGGCACUGAAGUAUCAUCCCGACAAGAAUAAGUCUCCGGAAGCGGAGGAGAAGUUCAAGGAGAUUGCAGAAGCGUACGAGGUUCUUAGCGACAAAAAGAAGAGGGAUGUUUACGAUCAGUUCGGUGAAGAAGGUUUGAAAGGCGGUACUCCUGGCGGAGGAGGAAUGGGUGGAGGACACGGAUUCACUUACACUUUCCACGGUGAUCCGAGAGCGACGUUCGCACAGUUCUUUGGCACGGACAAUCCCUUCGAGUCUUUCUUCAUGGGAGGGAUAGGAGGACACGGUCAAGGAGGCAACAUUUUCUUUAUGGACGACGACAUGGAAGUCGACACGGAUCCUUUUGCCUCUCAUUUCGGCACCAGGGCCAAUCCGUUCAGGUCUCAGAGUUUUACGGCCGGCAGUCCGCACAUGACGCGAUCCAAACCGCAGAAACAGGACCCACCCGUGGAACACGAUCUUUACGUUUCUCUAGAAGACAUAUUUAAAGGAUGCACUAAAAAAAUGAAAAUCAAUCGUAAGGUUCUCAAUCCAGACGGAAGGACCACCCGCAGGGAAGAGAAAGUAUUAACCAUCAACAUCAAGCCGGGUUGGAAGGCGGGAACCAAAAUCACCUUUCAGAAGGAAGGCGACCAGAGUCCGAAUGCCAUUCCGGCGGACAUCGUGUUCGUCGUCAGGGACAAACCCCAUCCCACCUUUAAACGAGAGGGCAGUGACAUUAGAUACGUAGUUAAAUUAACGCUCAGAGAGGUAAGUUUCGGAUCUCAAACGUACAUUUCGGGCACAUUCUCUUUCAUACAAAUUCUAAAAGUUUCUCAUUACUUGCAGGCUCUCUGCGGAACCAAAGUGGACAUCCCCACGUUGACGGGAGAAAGGAUAAGCCUCCGCCUGACUGACAUAGUUAAACCGAACACAGUGAAGAGAGUGGCGGGACAGGGACUGCCGUACCCCAAGGACAUAAGCAAGCGAGGGGACCUCAUAGUGGCCUUCGACAUCAAGUUCCCAGACUACCUGAACGAACCCACUAAACAGAUACUUUCGGACUGUCUUCCAUGAGAGACCAGACCACGCUUAACUUAUUGUCGUCAGUAGUAUCUACGGAUAGAUCGGCCGGCGGGGGUUUGCGGACCCAAAGCAGGCGGCGAGGACCUGUCCGGCCGGGACCGUGCAAGAGGCACUCGCGAACUUUACUAAUAGCUUGGCUCAAACUGUAUAUAAAUUCGUGUAAAUAAACGAGGGUGAAGUUUUUUUAAA